UGCCCUUUACAAACGAUGCGCGUCUCGGUCUCGAGCUCUCCGCCUCUGAGGAGAUACUUCACAAGGAACACCGCUAUUUGUUAUUUAUUAAAUUAUACAAUCAAAUAUGAGCGACUUUUUUGUCGACGCGAACUCGUCUGUUUGAUAGGAUUAUUCAAACAUCUGAGUGAAAUCAUGGAAAUAACGCUCUUUGUACAGUUUAUUAUGGAUUUAUAGACUAGAAGGGGGGCUGAAAGAAAACAAAGGAAAGAAGACGAAGAAAAAAAGACAGACAAACUUGUUCCGUUUAGAGAUAUUCUCAUCCAGAACAUAUUUUCUUUCUUAAGAAUCGUGAAGUUUAUCUCGAGCGCGCGCGCUGGGCUGAGAUGGAGGGCAUGAGCGCGCUCAAAUGGAAGUUUUCUCUCCAGACAACCAAACAAAGAGCAUCUCAUCGACUGGAUUAUGAAACUAAAGAAAAACAUCUUUCAAAGCAAAGUAUCAGCGAAAGUGUCCUCCGCGGUGAAGCGGAAAUAUGAUGCUGCGCGCGAGAUCUUCUUGUGCGUAAUGGACACAUAACAUCAGGAGCUGGAUCUCAGCGGACAGUUAUUCUUACCUACUUGCAUAGUAGUGGUUCUCUUCAUCUGUAUGAUGCUGUAAAGGAGAUGUUCAGCAGGUUUCUUAAAGGCUUGUAUUGCCGUAGAAAUGAUUGCAACAGGUGGGGUGAUCACAGGGCUUGCAGCAUUGAAAAGACAAGACUCCGCCCGCUCUCAGUAUCAUCUGCCAAUCCAGAGCUCCACCUCUGCACCUGAGAAGAAAUGCACUAAGCGUAAACCUAGAGCUGAUGUGGUGGUGGUCAGAGGGAAGAUCAGAUUGUAUUCGGCCUCAGGAUUCUUCCUGGUUUUGGGAGUGCUGAUCCUCAUGGCAGGCAUCGCAAUGGCUGUUCUAGGAUACUGGCCUCAUAAGGACCACCAGAAGGCACCAGAAAGCAAGCUGUCUGUAAACAAUACGCAAGUUGGCCGAGAGCAGGUGGGCUCUAUUGCGCAAUUCUUGGAGCAGCACCUGCAUUCAGAGAAGAUGAAAAUGUUGGGUCCUUUCACAAUGGGAAUUGGGAUUUUUAUCUUCAUCUGUGCUAAUGCCAUCUUGCAUGAGAACAGGGAUCGUGAGACAAAGAUUAUCCACAUGAGGGACAUGUACUCGACAGUCAUAGACGUUCACAGCUUGCGGAUUAAGGAGCAGAAGUGUACGAACGGUGCUUACACGGGUCCCUAUGCGGACACAAAGAUCCGUUCCUUUGGUCUGGACAGUCAGUUUGCCUCACGGCUUGCAGCAAACACACUAAUGUCCUUCUCUGGUCUUGAUGGGGAUGUCCGAUUCUCCCACAGGACCAGCUCGGCCGAGGAUGACGAGGGUCUAAUGAGUGAGGCCAGAGGUGGAUUAGGCUGGUUGUCGCCUACCUACAAGGAGCGUUCUGAAUGUAUCUUUGCGUUCCAAGAUGAGGGUAAUCGUCGGUGGGAGGACAAGCGUGGCACGCUCAAGAAAUGGCAAACGCGCUCUAUCGUUUCCUCUUCCAUCAGCGCCUUCACGCUGCCUGUCAUCAAACUCAACAACUGCGUUAUCGACGAGCCUGACAUUGAUAGCAUCACGGAGGAAUUAGAGCAGAACAGGGUGCACUCCAGACCUCUGUCAAUGGAAUCAUUAACAGUCCCUGUUCCCGACAUUGCCAAAGCUUUCAAGCCUCCGGGUGCCCACCUGCUCCGGAGCAACUCAGCCACUGAAUCCCCAAGCUCCACAUCAUCCCAUUCCUCACUGUCUCCUGGAUCCACCAGUGGUAGAUUCCUGUCACCUGGAGCUGCACGUAAAGACUUUGGCUCCAAUAACUCCCUCCACGUGUUAUCAGCCCAUUCCAAAUCUCUCGAUUUAGAGAGAGGGCCCACAAUGCUGACUGUCCACCCUGAACAGAGGAAACACCCGAGCUGGCCCAGAUUGGACCGCAGUAAUAGUAAAGGAUACACUAAACUGGAGGACAAAGAGGACCCUAUGGACAGGCUAAUAGUGCCCCCAGUGGCUGUGAAGAAGGACUACACUAAAAAAGAGAAACUUCUUAUGAUCUCCAGGUCUCACAAUAAUUUGAGUUUUGAGCAUGAUGAGUUUAUGAGCAACAGUCUGAAGAGAGGCACCUCAGAGACUAGAUUUUAAAACUGAGCUAGUGCCAAAUGUCAAUCCAGUGGCUUUUGGCGUUUGGCGAUCCACCUGCAAUACAGAAGACAGUUCUUGCUGUUUUUUAAAAUUAAGUGAAAGCUCAGUAAUGCUGCUUUUUGUGCUGCAGAAUGAUAUUUCACCGUGAAUUUGAAAUACAAAAGCUGUAAUGGUAAAUAAAAGUAUGGGUACAGCAAACAAUUCAGUAGCUGACAGGUUAGUCAAAUUUGUACAAAUGUGUUUGUAGUGUUUUUGUUAACAUUCAGACAGGAUCUAUUAUCUGUUUGAGUACAGUAUGUGUGUUGUACCAGCACUGCUAGUUAUUUUACUUUAAAUAAUUUAUUGUUUAAAACACACACACACACACACACUGAUAUUUUUGAAGAGAACUUGUCUAUGUGUAAUUUAUCUGUUUCUCAGAAUAAACACAACCUUUCCAGAUAAUGUUGUCCUAUUUGU